GGGGCAAGUUGAUCCAAAACUCCUUUAUUGAGCAUCGUAGAAUGUGUUACUGCUUCACCUUCCUUUCGAGUGUUCUACAGGCCAUUAACAUGAAAAACCGUUGGUGCAAGCUACUUCUAGUAGGCGUGGUGUUUGGCUCCUAAUCGACGCAUAUAUCUCUCUUGUCGAAAGACGCUAGAUUGCUUCUUGCUAGGUCCGAUGUCGGAGGGUUCUUAUGCGCAAAUUUGCAAGGUUCUCAAGUCAGAACACCCUAAGGCGAAGUCUGGAAGAAAUGUCGCGAGUGAGAAUGUCUCUCUCGCAACCCCUCUGCGCAAGACAAGGCGCUCCGCCAGUCAGAUUGGCUCACUUCGCCUUCAAGUUGUGUACAAAAUGACAUCUGAACACGCCAACACCUUCUCCGGAAAGCUGACCGAGGUUCAAAGGGCCAUCCAAAAAGUCAAAGAUAUACUCUAUCGAGUUAUACAAGUGUCCACUCCGCUCGAGGAUUGUCAAAAGCGGUUCAAUAACGUAGUUGUCGAGCUCCGUAAAGUCGCGUCUGAUGCUCAACAAACUGCGGAAGGCUGGCGCCGUAUUGUAUCUGGCCUAUCUCCAGUGUCGCACAAGAGUGCAACGGACAAGACGCGCGAGAUAGAUGGUCUCAUUCAAUCCACUGCCUUCAGUAACGAACGCCGUGCCACGACAGUAGUGAAUCAGAAAUGGAACCAGCUGGAAGCUACUUUGAAGACUUCAGGAAGCUUGGGAUUUGAUCUUGCUACUCUCAAAGGCAAUUUCGCACUCCUCAAAGGAACGACAGUAUUCAGUGAUUUCUACAAGGAAGUCGAGAUAUGCGCUUCCGAUCUCAAGCGCAAGGUCGAGAGACACACUAUCUCCACGGAGAGCAUCGAGAAAGCCAGUGUUUGGGCUAGUGAGGCCUCCAAUGCUUUGCAGGCAUUUGAGAAUACACUGAAAGCCAUUGUCUAAAGACCUUGAAAUCGAGUAGUUUCUUAGUGUUCUCAAUAACACAUUCCGUGAUCAAGUUAUUGAAGUCAGGAUCGAUUGUACAUUAAUCUAAGUCUCAUUUUUACAUUCACUCAAUAUACAUGUAACUAUCCU